AUGUUCAACCUCGGCCGCAGUCGCGCCCUGGCAUCGGCCAUGAAAGCUUCCAAGUAUGGCGUCGGUGUUCCUAAGGGCUUCGUGGCAAAGACGGCCGAGGAGGCCAAGGCCGUCGCAAAGGAAAUCGGCACCGAGGACAUGGUCAUCAAGGCCCAGGUUCUCGCUGGUGGCCGAGGAAAGGGCAGCUUCGACAACGGCCUCAAGGGCGGUGUCCGUGUCAUAUACUCGCCGCACGAAGCCGAAAUGUUUGCCGAGCAAAUGAUCGGCCACAAGCUCAUCACCAAGCAGACGGGCGCGGGCGGACGUCUGUGCAGCUCCGUCUACAUCUGCGAACGGAAAUUUUCCCGUCGCGAGUUCUACCUUGCUAUCCUCAUGGACCGCGCCACCCAGACGCCCGUCAUCGUCUCCUCGUCGCAAGGUGGCAUGGACAUCGAGGGCGUCGCCAAGGAGAACCCCGAGGCCAUCGUCACCACCUACAUCGACAUCAACAAGGGCGUGACGGACGACGUUGCCCGCGGCAUCGCCACCAACCUGGGCUUCAGCGAGCAGUGCAUCGAGGACGCCAAGGAUACCAUCCAGAAGCUCUACAAGAUCUUCCUGGAGCGCGACGCUACCCAGAUCGAGAUCAACCCCCUUUCCGAGACGUCGGACCACCAAGUCCUUUGCAUGGAUGCCAAGUUCGGUUUCGACGACAACGCCGACUUCCGCCAGAAGGAAGUCUUUGAGUGGCGCGACACCACCCAGGAGGACCCCGACGAGGUCCGCGCCGCCCAAUCUGGCCUCAACUUCAUCAAGCUCGACGGCGACAUCGGCUGCCUCGUCAACGGUGCUGGCCUGGCCAUGGCUACCAUGGACAUCAUCAAGCUGAACGGCGGCCAGCCGGCCAACUUCCUCGACGUCGGCGGCGGCGCCACGCCGGCCGCCAUCCAGGAGGCCUUCGAGCUCAUCACCAGCGACCCCAAGGUGACGGCCAUCUUCGUCAACAUCUUUGGCGGCAUCGUCCGCUGCGACCACAUCGCCACCGGCCUCAUCAAGACGGUCGAGACGCUGAACCUCAAGAUCCCCAUCAUCGCCCGUCUCCAAGGUACCAAUGUGGAGCAAGCCCACAAGCUGAUCAACGAGUCUGGCAUGAAGAUCUUCUCCAUCGAUGACCUGCAGAACGCUGCGGAAAAGGCGGUUCAGCUGUCCAAGGUCGUCAAGCUGGCCCGAGACAUUGACGUCGGCGUCGAGUUUAGCCUGGGAAUCUAA